AUGGAGUACGAUUCUUUAGGUGAAAGGUUCAAACAUAGAGCAAUUUCCAAGGUAGAUCAUUGCAAUCAUUUUAUUCACAAGUUUUGCAAAAGACAAAUUGUUAUCAAGACUAUGAUAGUUCUAAAUUUUAUCCUAUUAUUUGUAUUGUACCUGUAUCAUCAAGGAAUCACAUAUGCUUUACCUUUCGCUAUAAAGGAUGUCAAUAUUGAUGAUUCAUUUAAUGAUUCUACUGUUACAUUUGAAACCAUUGAAAGUAAUAGAAAGCAAUUACAAAAACUAAUAAACAGUCGUGAAAAUAAGGAAAUAUUUUUACAAUUACAGAACUCAGGUAGCGCAUAUUACGAUCCAACUACUAAUACAGUGGGGACAGCUGAAUUUCCAACAUAUAAUCAAUAUCAGAGACAAGCAUAUGUAUCAAAUGGAUAUAUUGGUAGCCGCAUUCCCAAUUUGGGACAAGGGUUUACUUUUGAUCAAUUGAGUGAUUCACCGGAUGCUGUUGAAGAUGACUUAUCAAACGGCUGGCCGUUAUUUAAUGAACGUUUCUCGGGUAGUUUUAUAGGUGGGUUUUAUGAUAUUCAGAAAAAUACAACUGAAACAAACUUCCCUGAAUUGAUUAAAAAGGGUUACGAAAGUAUUUUAUCGGCUGUUCCACAAUGGACUACAUUAACAUUGUCCACGGUUAAAAAUGGCAAAACUUUUUCUUUAGAUCCAUCACUCUCAAGAGAUGCACAAGGCGAUAUUUCCAAUUAUGCUCAGAAUUUAUCUCUAAGUAACGGCAUUGUGACUACAGAGUUUACUUGGUUAGAUUCUCUCCAAGUUCAUAUUGAGGUUGUAGCACAUAGAUCCAACAUAAAUCUCGGUAUCGUAAAUUUGAGGAUUGUUAAUCUUGGCAAUUCCACAGUUGACUUAAAGGUUGAGGACAAGUUAGAGUUUGCUUCUACACAGAGAUGUCAGCUAACUGAAGUAGGUCACGAUGAUGAGGGUAUUUUUAUUCAUUUUCAGCCAAAUGAAAUAGAUUAUGUUAAUGGUGCUAUCUAUUCCACAUUGAAGUAUGAUGAAAAAUCCUUAAAUUCAAUAAGUCGAGACUCCAAAAAUGAUACUUCAACUCAGGAAUUAGAUAUUUCUGUUGAGCCUUCGAAAUCUUUUAAAAUUUCUAAGAUGGUGGGGAUCGUUUCUUCCGAUUUAGAUCCAGAAAAGUACAAGACAUCUAGUUCUGUAAAUGAUUUUGCAAAACAAGUUGCAACUAAACAAGCAGAUUCUGUUUCCGACCUCAUCAAGUCACAUAAAACGGAAUGGGAUCGAACAUUUGAAUCCUCAAACUCAAUAACGUUCCCUGGUGAUUCAUUAUUAACAUUGGCAUCGAGAGCGUCGAUCUAUCAUUUAAAUGCAAAUACAAGACCUGGAGCGCGAGGUGUCACAGCAGCAUUGCCAGUUGGAGGUUUAUCGUCGGAUUCAUAUGGUGGAAUGGUCUUUUGGGAUACAGACUUAUGGAUGCUUAAUGGCUUGUUACCUUUCAAUCCUGAUCAUGCUAAGAGUAUUGUUAAUUAUAGAAUUCAUACUCAUGAGCAAGCAAAGAAAAAUGUUCCAGAUAAUAAAGGCGGAGCUGUAUAUUCUUGGACAAGUGGUAGGUUUGGUAAUUGUACUUCAACUGGCCCAUGUAUGGAUUAUGAGUAUCAUAUUAACAUUGCAGUUGCAAUGGCUGCAUGGGAAGUUUACUUAAGUGGUGCCGCUGAUGAUGAUUACUUAGAUUCUGUUGCUUAUCCAUUGAUUAAUGAUGCAGCUACUUUCUUAGCCAAUUACGUUGAGUACAAUGAUUCACUUGCUCAAUAUGUAACUCAUAAUAUGACAGAUCCAGAUGAAUAUGCUAACCACGUUGAUAAUGCCGCAUACACGAAUGCAGGGAUAUCGUUACUUAUGAAGUGGGCAAUUACAAUCUCAAAUCAUUUGGGAAAGUCUGUUCCCACUAAAUAUACGGAUAUUGCUGGUAGCAUGCAUAUACCUACUUCAGAUAAUGCGGAUAAUAUCACCCUAGAAUAUUCUGGUAUGAAUUCAUCUGUUGGAAUUAAACAAGCGGAUGUCAUUAUGAUGACCUAUCCACUAGGUAAUGAAUUAAUAUCUGAUGAUCAGGCCUACACUAAUAUGGAAUUUUAUUCAAUGAAACAAGUAAGUUACGGGCCUGCUAUGACAUUUCCGAUAUUUUCGAUUGUUGCUUCUAAUUUGUCCCCUUCUGGCUGUGCUUCACAAUCGUAUUUACAUAAAGCUGUUCAACCAUUUUUAAGAGGCCCAUUUGCCCAAUUUUCUGAACAAAACAAUGAUAAUUUCUUAACCAAUGGUGGAACACACCCUGCAUUCCCGUUUAUGACGGCACAUGGUGGAUUUUUGCAAGCAAUUUUACAAGGAUUAACCGGUUUGAGGUUUGAUUAUAAUAUUGAUGACACAAACAAAUUAUCGAGAAUGUUAACUCUUGACCCAAUUUCUUUACCUUGUUUAGGAAAUGGUGUUCAGUUCGACAGUAUAAAGUAUAUGAACAAGACCUUAUCGUUGGCCAUAAAUGAAACUUCCUUUAUAGUCAAGAACAAUGGACCGAUAACAGGUAGCAAAGACGACUCCCCGAUCAAAAUCUCCCUAGCCAAAAGAAACCCGAAGGCUGGAGUUUAUACCUUGAAAAAAGGUGAAGAGUUAGUAUUCCCACUUUUCGAGCCAGAGGCUGGCUCUCCAUUGAGUGUAUCAGAAUGUGCUUCGGCAAAAUUUAUCAAUAUCACUGAAAGUGCAUAUGGUGAUGCUACUGUACUGGUCAAUGAUGGCGAUAAUACUACACAUUGGCAACUGAAAUAUAAUGACACAACUGCGAAACUUUUAGUAGAUCUUAAGCAACCGAGGAAUAUAACUAGCGGCGUAAUAAAUUGGGGAGACAGGCCGCCAAAGAGUUGGUCUUUGCUUGCAUAUGGGUCUCAUGAACAAUCUAAAAUAAAAGACCUAAAUGAUAACAUUGACUUCCUCAGUAAAGUUAAUUUUGGUAAUAAUUUAUACAAGAAGUACGAAUUCAUGGAUGUGGAUAUGGUUUAUGAUCAGGAUGAUGUUUUUACUACCAUAAUCUCGGAAAGUGUUGAUAUAUCUGCUCCAUAUGAUCCAAAGGAAUCAGCGCAAAUUGAAAUUCCCCUGAGGCAUAACACCACUUCCUUUGCAGUGGAACAAGGUUUGAAUGCAAGAUUUUUGCUAAUAGAAGUAACUGAUAUUCAUGAUACAGAACCUAUUGAUGAUGAAACGGGAGGAGCUAAACUCUACGAAGUUGAGUUUUUUGAGUGA